AUGUCCGUCACAACAAAAGCCACCAUCGCCUCCUUCGGCGGCAAGCUCCUCAAGCUCACCCACGCCGCCACAUCCACCAAAUGUGAAAUGGGCUUCAACCUCUACCUACCUCCUCAAGCCUACCAGAACCCCUCCGCCAAGGUCCCCGUCCUGAUCUACCUCUCGGGUUUGACCUGCACCGCCGAGAACUGCUCCGAGAAGGGCUUCUUCCAGCACGGUGCCAGUAAGAAGGGUAUUGCUGUGUUGUACCCUGAUACGAGUCCUCGCGGCCUCAACAUCCCCGGCGAAGCCGACAGCUACGACUUCGGCACUGGCGCCGGCUUCUACGUCGACGCGACCAAGCCGCCCUACGAUAACGGAUAUAACAUGUACACGUACAUCACGGAGGAAUUGCCCGCGACGGUGUUUGCUGCCUUCCCGCAAUUGGAUAGUGAGCGGGUGAGUAUUACGGGUCAUAGUAUGGGUGGACAUGGUGCUUUGACUUUGUUCCUCCGCAACCCCGGCAAAUACAAGUCCGUGUCUGCGUUCGCGCCCAUCACCAACCCGAUUAACUGCCCGUGGGGACAAAAGGCCUUUUCGGGAUACUUUGGUGAAGAUCAGCAGGAGAAGUGGAAGGAGCAUGAUGCUACGGAAUUGUUGAAGAAGUGGAAGGGUGGCAGGUUGGAUGUUUUGAUUGAUGUUGGCACCGGAGACAACUUCUACAAGCAGGGCCAACUUCUUCCCGAGAACUUCGAGAAAGCUGCCAAGGAGGCUGGUGUGGAGGGUGUGACGAUUCGGUACCAGCCUGAUUACGAUCACAGUUAUUAUACUAUGGCGACGUUCUCGGAUGAUCAUGUGGAACAUGCGGCGAAGUUUUUGUUUGCUUAG